GUCAUACGUCAUAAAACAUGUAUUGAUCAUCGGUUCUGAAGCGUCAUUCCUUGUGGACCAAUGAGCUGCAGCCGGUUCUGUGAUGGCGUUGCCAUGACGACAGGCGGCCGUUAUUGCCCAGCUGAACCAUUAGCAUUGCUUUGAUACUCCAGAGACCCCCGUCUGCCCUGUUCUCCUCUCUUUCUGUACGCAUGCGCCAUCUGCUCACAUGACGCGCGUGUCGCCGUGCCCAGCACCGCUGUCGGCCAUCUUGGUCGACACCCACCCGGUGGAGUCACUGCGGUGCACAGGCGGCCCAAUCAGAGGCGGCCGGUGCUGAGCUGACUGGAAGAGGGGCUGGGAUGAUUUUUUUUGUUUUGUUUUUUUUGUAAUGGUGUGUGUUUCUUUCACAACACUGCGCUCUGUUGCAUUUUAAACGACCGGUCUGGGAGAAUAGUAGGCUGAGGAGGAAGAGCGGAGGCCCUGGCAGCUUAUUUCAUCCAUUUGUAUGGAAGAGAAGGGGAGGAUGCAGAGCUAAAGAGGAAGAGGAGCAGCUCUGACACCUGCCUCUUCAUCGCCUCCUCUCUUUCUCUCGGUCGUCAUCCUCUCUGGAUCCAAGGCCAUUUUCCUUCCUGCCGUGAUUUUUGGCCCCGCGGACCAGGCUGAGUCAUCAUGUCGGACCUGACGCCCCAGAGCGAGACCCCGACCCCCACCACAGACAAGAUCACCCAGGCCGCGCGGGAGACCAUCUAUCUCUGCAACUUUCGCGUUUCCGUGGACGGCGAGUGGCUCUGCCUGCGCGAGCUCAACGACAUCUCGCUCACGCCGGACCCCGAGCUGGACCACGAAGAUCCCAAAGACCCGAUUGCCAUUGAAAGGCUCAACUUGAUGAACAUGGCCAAGCUGAGCAUCAAGGGUCUGAUCGAGUCGGCGCUCAACCUCGGACGUACGCUGGACUCCGACUACGCGCCGCUCCAGCAGUUCUUUGUCGUCAUGGAGCACUGCCUUAAACACGGACUAAAAAGUAAGAAGACGUUCCUGGGGCAGAACAAGUCGUUCUGGGGGCCGCUGGAGCUGGUGGAGAAGCUGACCCCCGAGGCCGGAGAGAUCACUGCCAGCGUGAAAGACCUGCCUGGGUUAAGAACUCCGCUGGGAAGAGGCCGGGCCUGGCUGCGCCUGGCUCUGAUGCAGAAGAAGCUCUCAGACUACAUGAAGACCAUCAUCAACAGGAAGGACCUGCUCAGUGAGUUUUAUGAGCCAAACGCCCUGAUGAUGGAGGAGGAGGGCGCCGUCAUCGCCGGGCUGCUCGUCGGCCUGAACGUCAUCGACGCCAAUCUGUGCAUGAAGGGGGAGGACUUGGACUCGCAGGUCGGCGUCAUCGACUUCUCCAUGUACCUGAAAGAUGGAGGACACAGCAGCAAGAGUGCAGAGGGUGACGGUCAGAUCACUGCGAUCCUCGAUCAGAAGAAUUACGUUGAAGAACUGAACAGACACUUGAGUGCAUCGGUAAAUAACCUCCAGGCCAAAGUAGACGCUCUGGAGAAGUCCAACACGAAGCUGACGGAAGAGCUUGCAGUGGCAAACAACAGGAUCAUCACUUUACAAGAGGAUGUGGAGAGAGUAAAGGAAGAGAGCUCAUUUCAGCAGGAGUCCAGGAAGGCGUCGUCAGCAGACGGACAAGUUCUGGGUGAAACCCGGAAGCAGCUGAAGGAGGAAACUCAGCUUCGACUGGAUGUGGAGCGGGAGCUGGAGGUGCAGAUUGGGAUGAAGCAGGAGAUGGAGCUGUCCAUGAAGAUGCUGGAGAAGGACAUCUGUGAGAAGCAGGACGCUCUGGUGGAGCUCCGGCAGCAGCUGGAAGACCUUCGUGCCAUCAACCAACAGCUCAGCCACAAGUCACAGAGCGCAGAUGCGAGCUCCAAGCAGAAAAGUGAAGCCAUCGCUCGGCUGGAGGAGAAAAUCGGCCAGAUGUCUGGCACCGUGAAGCAGCUGGAGAACAGAUGCAAACAGGCCGAGAGGGAACGGGAUCUGGCCUUAAAGGCCAACCGGCUCUUCAAGCAGGACUUUGGAGACAAAAUUGAGGGUCUGCAGGCGGAGGUGGAGCAGCUGCGCAGACAAAGAUUUGGUCUGGAGCAGGAGCUGAGGAGAGAACGAGAGCAGAAGCAAAACCUGAGCGCUGCAUCCAGAGCUUCUGCUCCGAGGAAGAUCAAGCAUCCAGAGAGUCCUCCAAAGCAUCUUUCACAAUCUACACCAACCAAGUCGGCCCAGCCACUGGGAGAACUGGAAGAGAAAACCAGUCUGAGCUCCAGUCUAUCAUUGUCACAUACUGAGGAUGAGCAGGAAGAGACGCUCCCUGAGGGCCCCCAGCCUUACGUUUGCACCCUGUGUAAACAGGACGACUCCCUCUUGAGGACAAAGAAACAAUGCAAGAACUGCUUAAACUUUUUCUGCGAGAGCUGCGUCUCUCAUGAGCUGCCGCUGCCUUCCUCCAUCCUGCCGGAGACGGUGUGCACGUCCUGCUACUCGCAGUUACUGCAGCAGUACGCGUCGGCGCCAACAUGAGCUCGCAGAACAACCAGAGGCAUUAAGACCCAAAAACCGGCACUCCAGGAAGCACUUUCCCCUCAAAAAAUCAUAAAGAUCCUCUUUGGGGUGUUUUUUUUUAAUAUUCAAAUGUUUGUCAUGCAGGUUUUCAACCAGUAACACCUUUAUAUGGUGCUACUGGUCACUUCCGCUUCACCUUAAGGGAAAAUCGGCUGCAGCUUAGCUGAUAAAGGCACCAAACUGGAUUUAAAACACAUUUAUAUAAUCUCUCUCGUUGUUUCUUAAAAUAAAAAUAUCCACUGAAUGGGAUAUUGCUGCGUAUUUCAACAGAUAUUUAUGUUUUUAAUGAAUAAAAAUGGAGAAACUGUUAUGUUAUGCUUGUAUUUUGAGCUUCUGCUUUGCUUUUUGUAGUGUUGAUAGCAGAUCACAGUUUCACAGUUUUGGUCUCUGGAUCAGAUUUCCGCUGGUGCCAAGUGGGGAUCAUCCGUUAUGAGAACUGAAACAAAUUUGUCCUGAAGUGUUUAUUUUAAAUGAGAAAAAAGUGGCCACAUACUUCUCAUUUCUCCUUAUUUUGAGAAAUUGCAUUAACCUUAGGGUUUGAAAACAUAAAUACAGAAAAACAUGUCAACCAUGAGCUUAUGUUGCUAACCGAAGCAGGGUUAAGUUAGGUGGGAGAUCUGAGUUUAUGGUUAUAAACAUCACCUUUUUUAUCAUUUAUUCCUAAUUAGCUUUUUUUCAGCUGUCACCAAACCAAAGUGCAUCGACAAUCUGCAACUGGAGUGAAUAUGUUAGGUGGAGCAACCUAAACGAGCCAGCAUGAAUUUUGCGUUUGGUUUAUUUUAUUAUUGCAAAUGUACAUGUGAGCUGAAGCUGCUUUUAAGAUAAAUAAAAAACUGACAUCCA